AUGCUUCUACUUCAUCAGACAGGCUCCGUGCGGGUCGGUGAGGUGGUAAGGUAUACACUGACUUAUACACCGAGUCUCGAUCGCAUCCUUCCCCCUCCGGCCCAUCUACAUGUCAAAAUCAAGAACACUUCUGCAAUUCCUUUGCGAGCCGCCUAUCUUCAUGGACCUUACACCCUGUACGUCUCUUGUUAUCCGUCAACGUUCGACCCUUAUAAGAAGCAUGAGACCAUCAAAGAUGAAGGGGCACCCGAGUAUGAGCCGCAGCUCAAGGCAGGCGGCACGUGGACUGCGAAGCUGAAGGUUCCCGAAGAAGUCAGACAGGAUGCCCAGCAUGGCGAUAGCAAGCGACAUGGAGAACGCAAGAGUUUCACUUGGAUUCUAGAAGUUGCCUCACAGAUUAUCUUCUCCAAGACGGCGAGUGUACACUACGAAGUUCUAGUUGGAAGGGAUGAAAAAUCGGUCGAUCUUGGCUUCCAUGGAGUCAUCGGGUCUGGACAGGGCGCUCCAGGAAGGCUGGAAGAUCACCAGCUGAAGCAAGGGAAGAGUUCUGUGCAACCGAAAGGCGUUUUUUCCAAAGCGAUCAGAUUGGCGGUCGAUGACACUGAAAGCCUUUGGAAUACACCUCCGUUUCCUGAAUGGGAAGAUGACGGCAACGUCAAGGUUGCGGAGGGGCCACAACACGGCGACAAGCGAGACCAUGCGGCAAAGCAUGAUAACAAGCAACGGAAACAGAAGAAAAUCCAUCUUGUGCUCCUGACACACGGCCUACACAGCAAUCUCGGUGCAGACAUGUUGUUCAUGAAAGAAACAAUUGAUACAGCAGCUAAGCAGGCACGCGAAGAUGCGAAGCAGAGGCGAGCCGAGAGAAGGGCACAACGACUGGCCGAAUCCAAUCUGUUCGGAAGAGAGGCGGUCGAUCAGAGGUCAAAGUCUACCCCAGAGGUAGUGCUUGCAGCCGAUGAAGAUGAUACCACUGAUGAUGAGGAAGAAGUGCUUGUCCGAGGGUUCAAUGGGAAUGCCGUCCGGACCGAACGUGGUAUCCAGUAUCUCGGGAAGCGGUUCGCUAAAUACGUGCUCUCAAUCACGUAUCCUGACCAGCCAUACCUACCAGUUAAAAGCUCGAUAGGGAAGUCGUUGUCCAGGUCGAUGCCAGUUUCGAAGCCAACACCAAACUCAGAUACUUUGCCAGCCCACAAGAACAGCACCAUCAUUAAGGACGAGAACCACCGGAGCCACAAUCUUCCCUACAAGAUCACCAGCAUCAGUUUCAUUGCCCAUUCCCUUGGCGGUCUCAUACAGACGUACGCCGUAGCUUAUAUCCAGAAACAUUCACCAGAUUUCUUCGAGCUCAUCAAGCCGGUAAACUUUGUCGCCAUGGCUUCCCCAUUUUUGGGUCUUAGCAAUGAGAAUCCGGUUUACGUCAAGUUUGCACUCGAUUUCGGCCUUGUGGGAAGGACUGGGCAAGAUCUAGGUCUGACUUGGCGUGCUCCAACGAUUGCAAAGAAUGGCUGGGGUGCCGUCAUAGGCAGCCUGACCCCUGAAGCACAAAAGGCACAAAGGGAACCUGAUCCUGGUGCGAAGCCACUACUGCGGAUAUUGCCCACGGGCCCUGCACACAUCGCCCUGAAGAAAUUUCGAAACAGAACAGUAUACUCAAAUGUCGUUAAUGAUGGGAUUGUGCCUCUAAGGACAUCAUGUCUACUGUUCCUUGACUGGCGAGGCCUGGGUCGGGUUGAGAAAGCUAGGAGAGAGAACGGCCUGGUUGGCACCAUGGUUGAAUGGGGCUGGGCAGAGAUGACGGGUCAGAAUGCAAGUUCGCCUCGAAAGACUCGACCUUGGAAUGAUCUCUUCGGCGACAGUGCUGAUGACAUGAGCACAAAUGAAACGCCUUUACCGGAUCCCGAGUCGUCUGUGCCGCAAGCAGAAGCCAGUCAGGGCUUAGACCACGACGAAAGAGCCGAGCCAGAAGCGCAACAAUUUGUGGAAAAGCCAGAGACGCCCACAUCACCUCCCAAUAUCUUCACCGGAUUCUUGAGUCUUUUUAAGCCGCAAGCUGGCCAACAGAAGCCUGCCCACAAGACGAAAAAGAUUUAUCACCGUGGCCAAACAAUGCAUCACCUCGACCAAUCUUCCGAAAGAAGUUCACCAACAACCUCGGUAGAAGUUUCCCGCGACCACGACGGAUCUUCAGACGAACCUCGAAAGAGUAUGGUUCGCGGAUCAUCGUUAUAUACCAACAACUCCGACAACAGUGAAGUGGAGGCGCCUCCAAAGACCACAUUCUUCGAAUCAGCUGGUGAUCUCCUUAAUCCCCCACUACCUCCGAAAGAGUUCCUCCUUGACCCAGCUGCUCGACCUAGGACAAUCUGGCAUGAUCGCGUAUAUCACCCAGAGGACAUACCACCACCACCAGCUAAGCGUCAACGGACGUUCAUGAUACGCAACAAGCCAGGUUCACGAAGUGAGUCACAGCUGCAUUCAAUGCCUUCCGACGGUUCAUCAUUGGCCACGAACGCGAGCACGAAUCCCCCACGUUCAAGCUCGAGCCACUCUUCGACGUCAACCAUGUCCCCUACUCGCGGCCAAGAUGUAGGUUCGAUGAAGAUUGAAGAAAAGAUUGCUAGAGCGUACCACAAAGACCUCUCUUGGCGGAAGGUCCUGGUACGACUUGAGCCAGAUGCACACAAUAACAUGAUCGUGCGACGCAUGUUUGCAAAUGCAUACGGCUGGCCGGUGGUGAAACACAUGUGCGACACGCAUUUUGCAUACACAGCAGCCGCGCAGACGAGGGACGAGGACGAGCCUAAUAUUGAGCGGGCGAAGGCAAGCGAUGCCAAAGCUGUCGGUGAUGAGGGUGAGGAGGUGGAAGGGCAGACUGACCAGCCGACACAAGAGGGUGAAGAAGAGAACAUUUCGAAAAGUCCGACCCGUGCACACACUACGGAUGACUACGUUACAGGUUCCCCUACAUCUUCGACAAGUUCGAAUGUGCAUGGGGAAGAUUUGAACAGACUGCAUACGAAGCGGAGAGUGAAUGACCGCGUUCGGCCUGGACUUCCUCUCAGGACAGAUUCCGAAAUCCGCGAGUCAAGAGAUGACGUGUCGGAAUUGGUGUCUCGUGUCAGUGCCACGGGCGAAAGCAGCUACUCGAGCACCAACUCGGGCAAAGCAGCUCUUGCAAGACUAGCGAGACAGGACAGCGCUAGAUGGAGUGAUCGCUUUUUCGACGGCAGCGACGACGACGAACAAGAGCAGGAAGAUGGCGAUGAUCCGCUGGCUGAAGAGCUGAGAAAGGCAAGACACCGUGGGGACAUCGGCACAAGUGCGAGAAUCGCGAACUCCUUGACUGCCAGCCCUCGAGCUACCAGACUUGGCCUCCUGGCGACCGAUGUGCCGCCUGACAAUCCGCCCUUGGACGAUAGCAGCAAAGUAUCGGAACAACUCUCACCAGAAAAUCAUUCGACUGGAGGUCCGCGCAUGAUCAUUACAGAGCCUGACACGCCCUUGACAGCGGAACCAGGGGAGUUGGAGUCAUCGCCGCGUGCCGCUGACUGA